ACACUUUAAAAAGGACAAUUCAACUAGUAAUUUGGAAUUUGCUUCCGCUUUGCUUUGUUAGAAAAGGCCUGUUUCACGAACAGAAACGGCACUGUAGCCGGCAGCCAGCAUGAAGGGUGUUACUCGAGGAAUUAUACUCGUUCUUCUCGCGGUUUUUGCUGUUAUAAAAGCAGAAACAUUGGCUGAGGAGAGUGUUGCACCUCAUGAAAACACUCUCAUUGCGAUAAAUAAUGCUGAAGUUGUAGCUGAAAAUCGUGUAGAAGAUGACAGGGAAGAUGAAAGGAUCCCCACGCAAGAGGACAAGGGUAUAAUCUUACGAACUUGACCAUUUCAUGAGUUUUGUUAGAUAAUUUCUCACACUUGCAGGCACUGCAAUUCACUUCUGCUGUAUUAUCAACCUGGUCUUCUAGUCAUAUUAAUUCCCGGUGUCCUCUUAGUUACAAGAAGGUUUUUUUAUAGUUUAGAUUGAACAUUCAAAGAAAAAGAAUACUGCAUGCUUUCUGUAACGGAGAAAUUACACAUCGCAAACCUUUUUUUGUUCAAAUAGUCCAGACAAUAAGCAUGAAAAACAACUGAGAAGCAACUGACUUUUCCAUCGAAAAAAACAACCAAAAUGUCCAUAAAGUUUUGGCGAGCGUCUUCGUGUCGCCUUUUAAUUUUCCGAACAGAAAAAAGUCCUUUAUUGGACUCGCUAAUGUAGCCUCUGCAUGGGCCUUAUAAAAUUAAACCGUGAGAACAAAAGUUCAAUCACUCUAAAUAGUUCAGUACAAAUUCAAUAAAUCUACUUGUUGAGGUGGUUUUUUUCCCGCAUGAUCAGUUCAUUGACUAAUCAAUUAUUCAGUUUGUUGAAUUUUUGUUUUAAUUACUUUCUAUCAUUUAGAAACAGACGAGGAAAAUUGGGAAACACAACAAGAUCAAUUCAACGAAGAAGCAGCUGGCGAAGAAAAUGUUGACUCUGACGAGGAAAACAACUUACUCACAGGUAUUAGUUGAGCAAAAGUACAGUAUUCUUAACUUCCAUUUGUUCCCACUAAAUUAAAACUUCCAAAGUGCGUGAAGUCACUGCGCUUGCGCAGUGACCCCAGGACAUUGUUCCAGAUCCCCAAUAAUUACUUGGUAUCUGCCCCUUCUCGAUUAAAAGAUGGUUGCGAUUGUAGAACAUAAAAGACUCCUCUAUGCCUCUAGUGAACCAGUCUUAUUCCUCCAAUUUUAGGUUUGAAGUUUUGAGUAGGAAUUUGAGCAAAAGCUGCACAUACACUGAAGAAGUUUAACAGGCUUGAUUCGGGAGGGCUGCCCUUAUUAAUGCGUGCAUUUUUCGGAGUUUAAAUAGCUCUCUUAUUAUUUUAUUCACUGUUUACUGAUGACCUAUUUAUAGAACCCGAGGAUGAAGAUGAAGAAUUUUAUGACGAAGACGAGGAGGAAGAAGCAGGACAGGAUGAAGAAGAUUAUGCGGUAGAACAAGCUGCUGACGCUGAUGACGAAAACAGCCCUCUCAUGGGUAGGUUAGAAGAGUAGUUGUCCUCAGUACGCUUCAUUACCUACCGUACAUACCUUGCCGUACAUUUUGUGGGUAACUCAAAUCAAAGAAAACAAUAAUGGCUUUUAUUUACUCUCAGUUUGCUGAUAUAUACUUAUACACUGACGAGAUGUCAUGCCUUAUCAAUGUGUGCAUUCAUUUUCCUGAGUUGAAAUAGCUCUCUUAUGAUUUUAUUACCUUUACCUGUUUACCGAUGACCCAUUUACAGAAGCCCAGGAUGAAGAUGAAGAAGUUUAUGACGAAAAAAAGGAGGAAGAAGCAGGACAGGAUGAAAAAGAUUAUGAGGAAGAAGAAGCUGCUGACGCUGAUGACGAAAACAGCCCUCUCAUGGGUAGGUUAGAAGAGUAGUUGUCCUCAGUACGCUUCAUUACUUACCGUACAUACCUUGCCGUACAUUUUGCGGGUAACUCAAAUCAAACAAAACAAUAAUGGCUUUUAUUUACUCUGAGUUUGCUGAUAUAUAUUUAUACACUGAAGAGAUGUCAGACCUUUUUAAUGUGUGCAUUUUUCGGAGUUUAAAUAGCUCUCUUAUAAUUUUAUUACCUGUUUACUGGUGACCCAUUUACAGAAACCCAGGAUGAAGAUGAAGAAGUUUAUGACGAAGAAAAGGAGGACGAAGCAGAACAGGAUGAAAAAGAUUAUGAGGAAGAACAAGCUGCUGACGCUGAUGACGAAAACAGCCCUCUCAUGGGUAAGUCAGAAAAGUAGUUGUACUCAGUACGUUUCUUACAUACUUAACUCAAAUCAAACAAAAAAACAAUAAUGAUUUUAUUUACUCUCAAUUUGAAAUAUACUUAUACACUGACGAGAUGUCAUGCCUUAUUAAUGUGUGCAUUCAUUUUUCGGAGUUUAAAUUGCUCUCUUAUGAUUUUAUUACCUGUUUACUGAUGACCCAUUUACAGAAACCCAGGAUGAAGAUGAAGAAGUUUAUGACGAAGAAAAGGAGGACGAAGCAGGACAGGAUGAAAAAGAUUAUGAGGAAGAACAAGCUGCUGACGCUGAUGACGAAAACGGCCCUCUCAUGGGUAGGUUAGAAGAGUAGUUGUCCUCAGUACGCUUCAUAACCUAACGUACUUCCCUUGAGGUACAUUUUGUGGGUACCAUAUUUCCUCAAAUAAUAGCCGGGGCCAUUAUUUCUUUUUCCGCACAAAUUCGACGGAAGGCGAUUAUUUGAGGGAGGUGAUUAUUUCAAAUAUUGCUCACUGGAAAUCGUGCCCUAAAUAUUUUUUUUAUCAUACCAUUAAAUCAGAAAAUAAUCACAUCAAAUUAAUAUAUAACUGAACAUAGGCUUUUUAGGUGUUCCAAAUUUCGUUCCUUGAUUAAUUUUCAUUGCUUGAAUCGUCACUGAUCAGUUUUGCUGAAUCCUAUUGCACUUACACUUGACAGGGGGGAGAGCGAUUAUUCGAGGGAGGCGCUUAUUUUAAAUAUUUCCGUUCAAAGGGGGCGAUUAUUCGACUGAGGGAGGCGAUUAAUCGAAGGACGGCUUUUAUUUGAGGAACGGCAACUUAAAUCAACGGCUUUUAUUUACUCUCAGUUUAUGCUAAAAAGUUGUCAUGACCUUACAUUGUAUAUGGUUCAAACAUUUCAAUUAUGAGAUAAGAUUCGGCCAAAUGAGUUAAAUUUGCUGUUAAGUUUCAAUUUUGAAAAAAAAAACUUCUUUAUUCAGUAUAUAUAGUGACUAGAAGAGCCAGAUUGUAUAGCCAAAACUCUCUCCUACUACAAAAGACAUCAUAUACUUUAUGAGUUUAAGAUUUCUUUAUGUUUUACUUUCGACUUAAAUCCUUUUUGUUGCUACCACCCGCUAUCUACAUGAACCAAGUGGUGCAAAAAAUUAACUGCUUUCGAAUUUUGCUUUUUUCAAUUGACCCUAUUUCUUUACAGAAUCCAGCGAGGAAGCUGAUGAAAAUGUGCUAAAAAGCAACACGCCGGUUGCGUCACGCUGUGGUAUAUACAACCGAAUCACCCAAAAGUGCUGUUUCGGACGUAAAAUACCCAAAUUUCUCCCCUGCCGUCCUCGACUGAGAUGCGGUUUAGCCUACUACAACCCACGGACCCAAAAGUGCUGUAACCGUAGAGUGAUCUCCAGGUUUGUCCCCUGCCGUCUUCGACUGAGAUGCGGUUUUGCCUACUAUAACCCACGGACCCAUAAGUGCUGUAACCGUAGAGUGAUCUCCAAGUUUGUCCCCUGCCGUCUUCGACUGAGAUGCGGUUUUGCCUACUAUAACCCGCGGACCCAAAAGUGCUGUAACCGUAGAGUGAUCUCCAAGUUUGUCCCCUGCCGUCCUCGACUGAGAUGCGGUUUUGCCUACUACAACCCACGGACCCAAAAGUGCUGUAACCGUAGAGUGAUCUCCAGGUUUGUCCCCUGCCGUCCUCGACUGAGAUGCGGUUUUGCCUACUACAACCCACGGACCCAAAAGUGCUGUAACCGUAGAGUGAUCUCCAGGUUUGUCCCCUGCCGUCCUCGACUGAGAUGCGGUUUUGCCUACUACAACCCACGGACCCAAAAGUGCUGUAACCGUAGAGUGAUCUCCAGGUUUGUCCCCUGCCGUCCUCGACUGAGAUGUGGUUUAGCCUACUGACCCAAAAGUGCUGUAACUGGACCCAAAAAGUGCUGUAACCGUAGAGUGAUCUCCAAGUUUGUCCCCUGCCGUCUUCGACUGAGAUGCGGUUUUGCCUACUAUAACCCGCGGACCCAAAAGUGCUGUAACCGUAGAG